GUAGGUUCUCACUCAAAGAAGAAAAAGAAGGCCGUCCUUUCCGGACGGCGCUACCAACAAGUGAAGCUAGUCGUGUGGACCAACUGAACUCGACGGGAAACAUUUGAGUCACGCUACUGCUUCAAUUGUGGUAUUUCAUCAGUUGAUUUGUACCUGCUGAAAUGGGAGACCCUUCUUACAAUCGAGACUGUCCCCUAGACUGCAAAGUUUAUGUCGGGAAUCUUGGAAACAACGGCAACAAGACAGAGUUGGAAUCUGCUUUUGGCUACUUCGGUCCACUAAGAAGCGUUUGGGUGGCCAGAAACCCGCCAGGCUUUGCUUUUGUAGAGUUUGAAGAUCCAAGAGAUGCCUCUGAUGCUGUGAGAGAACUGGAUGGAAGAAGUAUGUGUGGAUGUCGAGUCCGUGUUGAAUUAUCCACUGGGGAAAAGCGCUCGAGAAGCCGCGGUCCUCCUCCUUCCUGGAGUCGCUACCCAAGAGAUGAGGGCAGACGCAGAAGCUCUCCAAUUAGACGCAGAUCCCCUCGGAGGAGGAGCUUGAGCCGCAGUCGCAGCAGGUCUCUUUCGCGAGACAGACGCAGAUAUCGGUCUCUCUCCAGAGACAAGACUCGUAAACGCUCAAGAUCAUUCUCACGGUCAAGAAGCCGCUCCCGUUCUAAUGACAGGAAGUGAGGACGUGACAGGAUGGCUUCUGUGUGUGGGAAUUCAAAAGUUUUAUAGUUAAUCUCUCUUUAGACAUUAUUUACCAACUCAAGGUGGUGGUCGGAGUGCCCAAGUAACCCUGUCAAUACUGUCAGUUAACAAUACAGUACAUUUUUCCUGUGUUUUGAUUCAUACAGAAUUAUUUCCUUGGUAUGUUGCAGUUUUUUUUUGUUUUUUCUUUUUAAUUCUGGUUUAAAUUUUCUCGUCAUCUCAUUAUCCAGUUGGGUUUUUUAGAGGGGUGGAGGGAGGGCUACUUGGGUGGUUAAAAACAGACUUUAAAGGGCUCUUACCUACCUAGAGCAGCAUCUGUCAUUGAUUUACGUUGUCAUAUUUUCAAAGCAAGAUGCUCUUUUUCAAUUUGUGCUCUGGCAACUU